AUGCGCUCGAUACUGGCCUCCUCACGUCCCCGGACACCACAUCUGCGCCCCCGACAACACUGCUACAGAUUCUUCACCUUCAGCGCUACAGACAGCAAUAUCGCCCCACAGGCGCGUCAGUUGCAAUGGCAACCACGAGCACCGCUGCGGAAGCCGCCGCAGUCACGCGGCGCAAAGCAGAAGUCGAAGGUGCGCUUCGACGAGCUCCCGCAGGGCCUCCUGGGCACGGGUGGGCUGCCACCGCUGCCGGAGAGCGAGGGCGAGAAGGGCGGGGAGAGCUACUCGACGGUCAUACAGCAGGCGAGGAAUAAUAUGAGGCGGUUCCCACAGUGCGUACUGCUGACUAGGGUCGGUGGGUUCUAUGAGCUGUAUUUUGAGAAUGCGGAGGAGGUGGGGCCAUUGUUGGGGCUCAAGGUGGGGAAGAAGAGGGCGGGAGGGGGGAAGGUGCCGGUUUCUAUGGCUGGGUUCCCGUUUUAUCAGCUGGACCGGUACUUGAAGGCGCUGGUACAGGAACAUGACCGCUAUGUCGCGAUCAGUGAGGAGUUUGAGAACCCGGAUAAGGGCGGUCUCAAUUGGGACAGGAAAGUAUCACGAAUCAUUACCCCCGGAACACUGAUUGACGAAAAGUUCAUGAACCCCUACGAAAACAACUUCCUCCUCGCAGUGUCAAUGCCCCCGCUGCCUGACCUGAUCUCAUCACUCGAUACGGAACUAGGGCUUGCCUGGUUAGAUCUGUCUACCGGUGACUUCUUCACGCAGCAGAGCACCGUUGGCAUGCUCAGUGGUGAUAUUGCCAGGAUUGGUCCCCGCGAGAUUGUGGUUCCUGAAAAGGAUGCCAUGGAGAGCGGUAAUGAGGGGCAGAGAGAUCUGCUGCAGGAACUCGAGAGAGAGGGGAACCUCAUAACUUAUCACUCGGAACCAAAAUUUCCGGGUAGUGAUGCGGUUCCUCUAAACUCCGUAGAGGACUGGAACCAGAUGCUGGAAGCACCUGUUCCGAGUGAUGUACAGGCAUCUAUGAGUGUCCCGGAGGUCGAAGCUGGGAAUAUUCUGUUGGGUUAUGCUCAGGCUCGGCUACCGGGCAUGCAUAUGAAGCUUCAACCUCCAAUUAGGAAGACAAUUGAAGACACAAUGUUGAUUGAUUCUAGGUCAAUGAAGGGCCUGGAAAUCAAAACGACUCUAAGAGAUAAUCUACAAGUCGGCAGCUUGCUGCACACCGUCAAAAGAACAGUAACAAAGUCUGGAACCCGGUUAUUAAGCAACUGGUUAACUUCCCCUGUCACCUCCGUCAGCAUAAUCGACAACCGCCUCAACCUGGUUGAAACAUUCCUGUACAACUUCCCGCUCCGGGAAAAGGUAACCUAUCUUCUCAAAAAGAGCCACGACUCGCAAAGAAUCGUUCAGAAGUUUACUCUAGGGAGAGGAGAUGCGGACGACCUGAUAGCCCUGGCAACAACCAUACAUAUCACCAACGACCUUAAAGAACUACUAACUCUCAGCAUGGACUCAAACACAUCCGAUGCCAACCGCCUGCAUCGGGCGAGCAUGGGGGCGCUUCUCAAAAGACUGGACAUCCCGCUAACGCUUGCCAAGAAGAUCACUAAAUCUAUCGACGAGGAAGGGCUAAUGCAGCAGCAGCGCAAUGAGCAGUCGGAGGCCGCAGAGAUGAUCGCGAGGGUCCAGGAGGUCAUCAAGGACAUCAAAGACGAGGAGGGCAGUGGUAGUACCCUAGAGGACUCAGGCUCGGCUGAGACCAAGGAGAUCCUGAACUCUGCGGCCGCGGGGCUGAGGAAACGCAGGAUUUUGUCGGGGAAGGAUCAGGAGCGGCAGGAGGCGUGGAUUAUGAAAAAAAGUGCGUCACCUACACUGGCGAAGCUCCAUAAGACGCUGGAGAAACUGGACAAACAGCGAGAUGAAAUGGAGGAGAACCUGCGCAGCACUCUGGAUGUUCCAUCAUUGACCCUGCGAUGGAACCCCGGAUACGGCCACAUCUGCCACGUGAAAGGUAAAGACGUCGACGCAGCCCACGAAAUCCUCAAAAACGCCAAAUCAGUCAGCAUCAGCAAGAGCACUCGCUCAUUCCACCUACCGGAAUGGACAGAGCUCGGCCGCGAUAUGGACAUACUCCGCCAACAGAUCAGAGGCGAGGAGCAGAACGUUUUCAAGUCCCUCCGCGACGCUGUAAUCAAAGUGCUCCUGAAACUGCGUAGGAACGCGGCCGUGCUGGAUGAGCUCGAUAUCGCAUGUUCCUUUGCAGCGCUGGCGCAAGAGCAGAACCUCGUCAGGCCUAUCUUGAACCUUGGAGUGACCCAUAAGAUUAUUGGCGGUCGACAUACGAUGGUCCAGGCCGGGCUCCAGGGGAAAGGAAGGUCGUUUACGCCCAAUGACUGUUUUGUCGGCGAUAAAGAGCGGCUUUGGAUCGUGACUGGGCCGAAUAUGGCGGGCAAGAGCACAUUCCUGCGCCAGAACGCGCUCAUCUCGAUUCUGGCACAGACGGGCUCGUUUGUACCUGCCGAGUACGCCGAGAUUGGCAUCGUGGAUAGGAUAUUCAGUAGGGUGGGGAGUGCGGAUAAUCUGUUUAGGGAUCAGUCAACGUUUAUGGUGGAGAUGAUGGAGACGGCGCAGAUAUUGAAGCAGGCGACGCCGAGGUCUUUUGUAAUCAUGGACGAAGUCGGCCGGGGGACCACCCCCGUCGACGGGCUCGCCGUGGCCUACGCCUGCCUGCACCACCUCUACACCAUCAACCGCUCGCGCGCGCUCUUCGCUACGCAUUUCCACCAGCUGGCGGAGAUGGUGCGCGGGCCCGGGUUCGAGAGCGUGGGGUGCUACUGUACGGACCUCGAGGAGGCUGAGGAUGGGUCGUUUGCGUAUAUACAUAAGCUGCGCAAGGGCGUGAAUACGCAGUCGCAUGCGCUGAAGGUUGCGUUGUUGGCGGGGAUUCCGGAGAGUGCGAUUAGGGUUGCGGAGGAGACGUUGGGGAGGUUGCAGGGGGAGGGGGCGGGGUAG